UCUAACCUAAUUAGCAAAUGUCAAAACAGUUUAAUUAUUUACAAUAAUUUAUAAUAAAAAUAAAAAAAUUCAAAUAAUUCAACUCAAUACAAUUUCAUUUUUUGAAAGUCCAUUGAGUGUAAAAAUAAUUAGACCGAUUUACAAGAAGUUUUUAUAAAAUCUAGUUGAUUAUCUCUUCUUCUGAUUAAUUAUUCUUUAAAUUAAUCAAUUGACGCGGUCUCUGGUCUUGUUUAAAUGAUACUUUGAUAAAAAAUAAAAUAUAUGUGUGACUCAAAAAUGUCAUACAAUAAUUCAUUAUCAAAAGUUUUACAUUUUCUAUCCAUCGCAGUCAGAGAUAUUGAAAUUCCUGAAAAUAGUGUCAUUACGUGUUCUGUUGCUGAAGGUUUAUCAGGAAAUCAACCGGAGAUUACACAGUCUACGGAGAAUAUCUGUGGAAAUGAAAAUUUAAAUUUGAAUGACGAAAUGUCUUACAAAGUUGAAAGUGUAGAAUACAUUUGUCAGGAUUGCGAGCAGUCGUUUAGUUCCGCCAAACUUCAUCAAAACCACGUGCAAGAUUUUCAUGAAAAUAAAGUAGAAAAUUUAGAAAAAAUCAUCAAAACUCCCAAUGACGAGCUUCUGCUGUUCCAACUGGAAUUGAAAGGCACUGAUACUAUUGAAGUUCAGCAUAAAAAUGAUAAAUGUGUUUUAUCUUUACCCGGAAUUAGUAAAUUAGAGGAUACUGAUGCCAGCGAAAAUUAUUGCGAGGAUAAAAGUCUUUGGAACCAGCCUGGAAAUUAUAAAGAACAAGGUGCUGAUACCAUUGAAAAAAAAUUAUAUGAAUGCGAUGACUGUAAGAAUAAAUACUCGAAGCGAAAAUCUUUAGUGGAUCAUAUGUACAGGAUUCAUAAAUUCAGUGAACCGGAAAAUAAAUCCACGGGUUUUUCUUUUAGUGAAGGAAAAUAUGAGUGCGAUAUUUGUCACUUGAAAUUUUCGAAGCGACAUUCUUUGUUGAGACAUAUUCGCAAUGAACAUUCUCAAAGUUUACCGGAAAUAAAUCCACCUGGAAAUAUUAAAUUAGAGAGUACGAGUAUGACUGAAAAACCACAUGAAUGUGACAUUUGUUUUUCUCGAUUUAGUUCUUCAAGGAGUGUCAAAAGACACAAAUUUAAAAUACACUCGAUCAUUCUGGAUGAUAAUAAUAAAACGAAGCUUUGUACUACGAGCGGGAAAAAAUUCAAAUGUGACAUUUGUAUUUCUCAAUUUACUACUAUCUGGAAUCUUAAUAGACACAAGUUGAAAGUACACCGGAUCAGUUGGGAUAAAAAUAAUAAACCAAAGUUUACUCCUAUGAGCGGGAAACAAUUUGAAUGUAAUGUAUGUCAAGCUCAAUAUUCUCAUCAUAGGACUUUGGUGCAUCACCUGAGAAAAAAACAUUCGAUCAAAUCAAUCUGAAACUAAUGAAUUAAAAUUUUCUACGAAGCGAGAAACGUUAAUUUAAUGUUAAGUUAAAUUUAAACAUAAAAGUAUUAAACGUCAAUUAAAUCCACGUGAAAAUUAUAGAUUAGAAUUAAUGACUUUAAGUGAUACUUAAUAAUUUAAACUUUUAUCAAAGUCGAUAAUAAAUAUAAUUAUUGUU